AUGAAGGCUCCAGCAAUUGGGAUUGACUUGGGUACCACCUACUCCUGUGUUGGCGUAUUCCAGCAUGGGAAGGUGGAGAUCAUCGCCAACGACCAAGGCAACAGAACGACUCCAUCAUACGUUGCCUUCACGGAUACGGAGAGACUAAUCGGUGAUGCUGCCAAGAAUCAGGCUGCCAUGAAUCCAACGAAUACGGUAUUCGAUGCGAAACGUCUCAUCGGCCGAAAAUGGGAUGACGCCCCAGUUCAGCACGACAUGAAGCUCUGGCCGUUCACGGUGGUGAAGGGGAGUGGGGGGAAACCCCAGAUC